UUGUUAUGCUAAGAUUUUUAUGACAAGAAGUUGUUUUUCUGCUAUUUGAGACGUGAUUUUGUGAAGAAACCUCAUAUCAAUUAUUACUGAGUGAAUCCGUAAAAGCUUUUGGCGAGCUUUCCACUCAUAACAUUUGGUGCUGUAAGCACAGUUCGUUCUACAGAAAGCAGCUGAGCUACCGCAGUUGAUACGAGAAUCGUCAAGAAUGGACGCUAGUGAGGAUGGUUCUGCAGCGAGUGUAGAAGUGUUGAGUAAAUGGCAACAGUUCAAACGAACUUGCAUGUCGCCAUGGUACAAAAAAAUCAGUGUCGAGCCAACAAUGUUUCUAUACAUGUUUGCCUUUAUGAUAACCUCAGUUGUCGAACAUGAUUUUUUCCUCCAAAAAGCCUGUCGGGUGAACAACAAUUUCUCCGAUGAAAUAUGCAGCAACAUUCGGGCAGAUGAGUACAAGGAGUACAAAGAAAAAGUUCAAGUCACAACAGCAAAAUUUUACCAAUGGGAAAAUAUAUCGGCACAUGUCUUCCCUAUAAUUUUGGCUUUAUUUCUGGGUUCAUUUUCUGAUCGUCGAGGUCGUAAAUUUCCUUUGCUGAUGGGUUUAUGCGGCAAGUUUAUUUAUUCGGUUAUGAUAAUAGUAAAUGCCAAAAUGAAGACAUGGCCAGUGGAGUAUAUUAUCUACACGGCUACUCUGCCAUCGGCGAUAACGGGCGCGGAUGUUGCUAUAUUUGCAUCUUGCUUUGCUUAUAUCUCCGAUGUGUCAACACUAAAAAAUCGCACUUUACGAGUAACCAUAUUGGAUAUUUGCUACUUGAGUGCAAUGCCAACUGGCGUUGCUCUAGGAUCAUAUCUCUACAAUAAUGUACUUAAAAAGUCAUAUGCCAAUAUGUUUGCUGUUAAUGCUUCCUUGUUGGCGUUGUCUAUUAUUUACACGUUGUUUGCUUUGAAGUGGCAAACGACGCCAAAGCAACGGCCGUUAAGUGAACUCGGUUGCUGUGGGUUCUUUGCUGACUACUUUGAUCGACAGCAUGUUAAGGACUCGCUUUCAGUUUUAGUCAAAAAACGUCUGGGACAUCGGCGUGUAUUCCUUAUUCUCCUAUUACUGUCCAUGUUCUUUUAUACUUUCCAACGCGAUGAGAACGGCUAUCUAUACCUCUAUACGACAUUUAAGUUCAAUUGGGAAGUUGACGUAUUUAGUACCUUCAAAACCGUCAAGUCAACUGCGUAUGUGGUUGCAAUGCUGGUAGCAGUGCCAAUUAUGAACAAAUGUCUAAGCUGGAGGGACACGAGCAUUAUAUUUAUUGGUGCCUGGGCGCACAUAUUUGCACGCUUAUUUUACUACUUCGCUAGCACAGGAGAAGUGUUUUAUGCGGGUGCAUUGGUUUGCAGCUUGGGUCCAAUUGUGGGUCCAAUGAUUCGCGCGAUGACUUCGAAGAUUGUGCCACUAUCGGAACGUGGCAAGAUUUUUGCUUUGCUUUCAGUUUGUGAUAAUGCAGCGCCUUUUAUAAGUGGAAUUUGUUAUUCGCAAGUUUAUCAAGCUACACUCAAUACAAACGGUGACGGGGUGUUUCUAUUGACUAUAGCUACACAAUUGGCCGUUUUUAUUCUAGUGCUUUGUAUACACAUUGUACUGGGAGAUCAACAAUUGGCUGUGCCGGAAGUUACAGAAAACGAAAGUGGCCUUAUUACUGAUAAUGAAAACAACGGCACAGUGGUUAAUGCUAAUCCAGAAACGGAGACUAGUACUCGAAAGUCCAUUGAAGCGAUUAAUUAAAAAUAUUACAUCCGUUUUUGAUUUUCUACAACUAAGUUCCUUUUCUACGUAAAUCUUAAAGUAUCCUUGUAGCAUUGUAUAGAUUUAAGUUAAGACAUUUUAUGAAUUUUAUAUCAAUCAUUUUGUACAAUUCCAUUAGAAACAUUUGUUAAGUAGUUUUACGUAUGUAAGUCAGAAGUUUAUAUUAAACUGGACAUAUCAGAACGUUUUUGAUCCACGUUUAUUUGUAGUUCUC